AGUGCAACCGCGGACCGCGUGCUGCAGCGAGCGGUCAGCGGACGGCGCGUGGUGCAGUGGCGUCGACAGGAGCCCACCUGUGUCUGUGUUCUGGUGUUCAGGGGUGACGUGAGGCUCAAUACUCCGUGCAGUGAGUGUCGCGUGUGCAGCCGUGUGAUAAUUUCCUGGACAGCACGCGAGGCGUCCAUAGCGAGGACGGGCGAAACAAUGCAGCGAAUGUGAUGAUGGCUCUGAAAACUUUGCCGAUGUGUAAUGUGUGAGCAUGAGCAGUGCAAGCCACCUGCGUUUCUCACUAAUGGAGAACCACAUAUGAGACACCCGGCUCUGCAAAGUGUGAUGAAGUCAGCGAAAACUGGCAUGUCUCCGUUGCGACAGGCGAUGCGGUGACGCUUUAGAGGUGCGGCGUGCGACAAUCGCCGAGCGACGGCCUGCUAGACACCACCACUGAGCGACAGACAGUCGCCGCGCUGCGCGACAAUCGCUGGGCGACUGCCGCUGUCCUACAGUCGCCGCGCUGGGUGCCAGCUUCGCCGUGCGACAGUCGCUGCGCUGGGCGAUAGUCGCCGCUGCCGCGCGACAGUUGCCGUGCGACUACGGCCGCGCCGUGCGACAGCCGGUGGGUGCUCACGAAUCAGCUUCGCGGGACCGUAUCCACCAGAUCAAUUCUGCUAUCUAAUCAGAGUGCGGCUGGCGGCCGGAUGGUGGCGGCCGGAUGGCGGUGCCCCCAGCUUAGGUCGAUGUGGGCCAGUGUAGUGAGGUCGCCCGUGGUGUCCUCAGUGUCGGUUAACAGCCAGAGCUGUUUGGGGAGAACUGAAAGCCGGUUACUGGUCAGAAGACAGGGAGUGUGCCUAAUGAGAAACAAGUGUUAGUGACGGACUCGAUUAGCUAAUCUAUACGUGAUUUGGCCGUAUGCUCAGUGAUCAGUUACGAGCAUUCGCUAAGUUGAGCGAUCAAAGUGAAAAACGCACUGCUGAUCGAAAGCGUUCCAAAUGAAGGCAGUGAUACGCUUGACAACACUGUAUGGAGUGAGAACCUGAACCGUGAUGGUUGCGUCAGCAUAACUUUCAAUUUAUGGCCAUAUGUGCGAAUUAAUUAAAGCGAACUGAAAGCAGACAAGGGACAUCUGCAAUAGCAGCAUUAACAUUACUUCUGUGGACCAGUGCUGCCGACACAAUCCCGUGGCAUUUCAUUGGAAACUUCCUUUUAGCGCUCCCCCAGAGCAGGUUGGUGGCUGAGAGGAGGUCUCGGGAGCGCACUGAACCGCCGGCCAGCAUGGAGCUCAACUUUGUCACCCAGCGCGUGAUGGCGCUCUGCUUCCCGCCGGGAGUAGACGCUGAUACGUACCGGGCCAACCUGCGAGAGGUCGCGCAGAUGCUGCACAACAAGCACGGCCACAACUACAUGAUCUUCAACCUGUCGGAGCGGCGUCAGGAGCUCUGCGAGCUCAACCGACGAGUAUCCGAGUUCGGCUGGCCCGAGACACUGGCGCCGCCGCUCGACAGGCUCUGCUCCAUCUGUAAAUCCAUCGACAACUGGACCUCGGACGACCCCAACAACGUGGCCGUGCUGCACUCGCGCGGCGCCGACGGCAGUAGGGAUAGCGGCGGCUGGGACCGGAUCGGCGUGGUGGUCAGCGCGUACAUCCACUACUCCAACAUCUGCAGUCCCGACCAGGCGCUCGACAGGUUCGCCAUGAAGAAGUUCUUCGACGACAAGAUCCGACGGCUAGACCACCCGAGCCAAAAACGGUACGUCAACUACUUCGCUGGCCUGCUGUCGGGUCGGAUCCAAAUCAACAGCGCACCACUGAGCCUGCACCACCUGGUGCUGGUGGGCGCGCCUCAGCUACGGCCAGGCGGGGGAUGUAGGGUGUUCGUACGCCUGUACCAGGGCAUGGUGCCCCUCUGGACGUCCGGGGUGUACACUGUGGACGACCGCGCCAAGUACACCGUCAUCAGUCCUGAGGUUGUACUCCAGCUGCGGGGCGACAUCCUCAUCAAGUGCUACCACUGCGAGUCGCCCUCCGAGCGACAGGUGGUCUUCAGAGUGCAGUUCCACACGUGUGCCGUCUCCGACGACGUCCUCAGCUUCCCCCGACAGGAUCUGGACGACGCCUGCGACGACAUGCGAUUCCCGCUGGACGGCGGUGUGGAGCUGCACUUCUCCCCCACCAGUCUGGGCCAGGACCAGGUGGCGGCUCCGGUACAUCUGGACCGCACCCCGGACCCGGUCCAGCGGUGGGACAGCUACGUCGAGCUCCGGACGGGACCCGCCGACCUGCCAGACGCGGCCGAGCCGCCGGCACACACGGAGGGUCCGCUGGACGGCUCGCUCUACGCGACCGUCGCCAAGAAGCCCGUCAGUCCGAGGAGUGCCGCCGCCGCCGCCGCCGCCGACAGCCAUGAACUGCACACGGUGUCUAUGGACUCUGGUAUCUCCAGUGGAGGUAGAGAGAGACUAAGCGGCGGCAGCAGUCACUCGCCGUCAGGCCCGCACUCGGCCGGUUCGGCGCGCUCGGCGCCCUGUGAUAGCAGUCCGUUGGUGAGUGCCGAUACCUCUGCCUCCGCGCGCCUCUGUCGGUCGUCAGUGGAAGCGCCACCGCCGCCGCGAGUGACCAAACAGCCGUCCGUGGACGCUACACAGCUGGACGAGCUGCUCAGUGGACUGUUGGAGAACUGCUCCAACAUACCCGACUUGCGCCCGUGCCAGACGCCCGCGCCCGAUUUAGACACGAUUCAGACGCCGACGUUCGCGUCUGCGCCGGUGGCCAGUGUCAGUGAGCAGCGCGCGACGUCGCGAGGACGGACGGUGAGCUCCAGAGACGCGGACACCAGUGUGAGCUCCGGGUACGGUUCGCAGCAGCAGUCGCCACCCAACCCGCCCCCGCACGCAGCAGACAUGGUGCACUACAACGGCUACAAGUCCGACUCGGCCUUUUCCGAGUCGUUCAGUGCCAAAGCCGAGGAGGAGAUUCCGUACCACGCGCGUGCCGACAGCAAGCCGUUCUCGUACGCUAACUUUGCAUCCUCGUCGCGCCGCAGUCCAAGUCCGUCCGCCGAGCCUCCGCGCCGCUCUGAGAGCGCCAGUCGAGAGACGACUCGAGCCGCGCUCGAGUCGCCGCGACUCGUGCGCAAACUGCUCGGCGGUGGUGGCUCGAGUGGCGGCUCGAAUGGCAUCUCGAGCGGGAUCUCGAGCGGCGUCUCGAGCGCACCCUCGCAGCCGGCCGGCCGGAAGGCGCCGCCGUCUCCAAGUCUGCCUAGGAAAACCUACACCAACGGCUCCACCUCAAGGAGCACGGUGACUGAGUCGUUCUCGAAGACGACGAAUGGUAGCGGGGUCAGUGGUGGCCUCACCAGGCCAACUGCGAAGGCCACUGACACGCUGCAAUCUCACCGCAGCUUCGCGUCGGACAGCGCCCCGUCCCACCGCAGCUACAACACGGACACGAUGAAAUCCUACAACACCGACACCAUCAAGUCGUACAACACCGACACUCUGCGCAGUAACGCCUCCUUCAAUACAGACACCUUCAAGUCCAACCGCUCCUACGACUGGGAGAGCUCCAUCCGGUCCAAGACCUCACCAGCUCCGGCACCGGCCCCUGCCCCUGCGCCCGCCCCUGCGCCCGCUCCCGCUCCCGCCGCGUCUCGCGCUGUGGAACCGUUCCGUCGCGCACCACCGCCCGCACCACGAGACAUCGACAUCAACCUGAACGACCCCAACGCCAAGGUGGUCACCACCUACGACCAGAACACCAACUCGAUGACGACGGUGUCGACCCAGUCGUUUGAUGUGCCGAGCAGCCCCAACCCGACGCGUCGGAUCGUCGAGACGACCAAACGCUACAUGGUCGACGACGACGAGCGCAGCGGUCAGACGGGCGUCACCAAGAUGGAGGAGACCAUCCGAGAGUUCGUCAUCGAGGAUCUGCCGGACGGACCCGGUUCAGCCGGCAACAUCACCUGGCUGCAGAAGCAGCAGCAGAAGCUACGGGACCGGCAACAGGCGCGCAUCAGGAGUGAGCGUGAGCCGAAGGAGGCGCGUGUUCUGCACGAGCUGCGUCAGCGGCAGGGUGGUCUGGAGGACGGUUACACAUCCGACACCACCCUCUGGACGGACACAUCACGUGAGACGAGUCCGGCGCACAUGGCGCCGCUGCACGUCAACACGAGCGGCGUCAAGACGGGCAGCUCUGCGCCGGUAUCGCCGCAGCUGGCCGCGCGCAGCGUCAGCCGCGAACGGAGCACGGCGAGCUCCUUCAGGAGUAACCAGUACGGCAGCGUGCAGCGGCCACUGGCCAGGCACCGCUCCGAGACCGCCUACGACCGACAGAGACCCCACGUGCAGGUGCUCAGGGGCGAUCAGAGAAAAAUCAGCGACUCUGACCUGACGCACCUAACGAAGACGACUCAGUACAGCCAGUACUCCUCCACCCCCGUUCGCGAUCGAGAAGGUCUUCUCACCACCGUGAAUGGCCAAAGUGGUCUGACUAAAUUAGAAGAACUAACAUACCGGUUGAAGGUCGUUAAUUUACGCAACCCUCGCACACAUCAGGUGAGGGACCCAUCUGAGCCGAGACCGGAGACGCCGGCGUUCCCGAACCCGCCGAGAACGCCCUACCAGGACCAGUCGCAGACUUUGCCGCCCAAGAGCCCCACCAGCCAGCGAAAACUGCUGACGGUCACCCAGACGACUAAAACGUACACACGAACGCCCUAUCAGGUGCCGGGGCCGGUCAGGGAGCGCUCGCCGUCCCCCGGAGUGCACCAGGUGCACUUUGAGCAGUCGGCCGCGCUCGAGUCGUCGCCGCCGGGCGGUCUCGGUCGCAGUCGCCAGUCGUCAGUCAGCUCCGACACGGAGGUCAUUUCGGCGCACCCGACCUUCGUGCGCGACAACAGCCGGUGGUGGUACAAGCCGUCCAUCAGCAGAGAACAGGCCAUCUCCCUUCUGCGGGACAAGGCGCCUGGAUCGUUCAUCAUCCGCGACUCCAACUCGUUCCCGGGCGCGUUCGGUCUCGCGCUCAAGGUGGAGUCUCCGCCCGCCAGCGCGCCCUCGCGCGGCGGCGACCCGGCCAGCGAGCUGGUGCGACACUUCCUCAUCGAAACCACCAACAAAGGCGUGCGCCUGAAGGGAUGUCCGAACGAGCCGACGUUUGGCUCGCUGUCUGCGCUGGUGUACCAGCACAGCAUCACCCAGCUGGACCUGCCGUGCAAGCUGACACUGCCGGAGGCGGACCUGGGCAUGGAGGACGCAGUGGACUCGGCACCGGCGGCGGCGCAGAAACACCGCGCGCUGCUCGACACCGGCGCUGCCUGCAGCGUUCUGUACCUCUGGUCGUGCGACACGGAGGCACUGACGGGCCCGCAGGCGGUGCGCCGCGCCACCACCGAGCUGCUGAAGAAGCAGCCGCUGCCCGAGGGCGUCGUGGUGCACUUCAAGGUCUCCCACCAGGGUAUCACGCUCACCGACAGCCUUCGCAAACAGUUCUUCAGGCGGCACUACAACACGGCCCUGGUGUCCCACUGCAGUCUGGAUCCGGAGGACCGGCGCUGGACCCAGCGCGGUGACGACGGACAGCCCGUGGGAUCCCUGCGGAUAUUCGGGUUCGUGGCCAAGAAGGGUCCGUCCAGUGGCAACAACCAGUGCCACUUGUUCGCCGAGUAUGACGCCGACCAGCCGGCCUCCGCCAUCGUCAACUUCGUCACCAACGUCAUGAUGGCCGGCUCGUACGGCGGCGCGCGUAACAUGCUGUGACGUCAUCGGUGGACUGAUGACGCAACUGGAGGCGCCGUGCCAUCGUGCGAUGCGCGGUAACCCGCAAUGUGCGCCCAAAGAAACGGGAUGAGAUUGGAAACUGGGUGAGAUAGAGUGGAGAGGGAGAGUUUGAGAGAGAGAGAGAGAGAGAGAGAGAGAGAGAGAGAGCCUGCGCCGUGUCGCGCUCUGGAGCUUGUCUGCGCGCGGGCUACUGGCCGGCCUGAUCGUCCUUGUUGCCAUACGCCAUCACACGUAGCUGUAUUUAAUGGAUAGUGCCACGUAGAGCUCGAGGCGGCCGGCGGGCGGCACAAAGACAGGGCGAGGCCGGCCGUCGGCGCGCGUAAUUCACUAAUGGCGCGCCUGCGCAGGCCGCCGGCCCACUCAUAGUUUUCUACUGACUGCCCGGGCCGUCGGGGGCGCCGCCGCCGCCCCGCCCCGUGUACAUAGGCUCUUCAUGUGAUGAGGCGGUCCGCGGUCGAAACUGCGGACUGAGAGUGAGUGACGGAUGUGCUCGCCUAACCUGCCUAUAUUGUGCUGCGCCCUCUACUGGCGUCGGAAUAAACCAACUAGCGCCUA